UGCAUAGUGUUGGAUUUGGGACACAUUUGGGGCGUUUUAAGUGUGUUGCAGGGUGUUUGGGUGUAUUAUAAGGUUGUUUUGGGUAUAUAUCGUGUGUAUUUGACGUGCCUUGAAUGUGGUGUGGAGGUGUAUUUGAGUACUGGCAUGUUUUGAGUGGGUUUUGUGGGCAAUUUGAGGUGUUGCAUGGUGUUUUGAGUGUGUUUUGGGGCAGUUUUGAGUGUUUUAAGUGAUUUCGGUGUGUACUGGGUGUAUAUAGUGCGUUUUGGGUGUAUUUUCCGGCAUUUUGAUGUGUUGCAAGGUGUUUUGAGUGUAUUUUGGGGUAGUUCUGAGUGUUUUAAGGUGUGUGGGUGUUUGUUAGGGGUUUUGGGUGUGUGUGAGGGUGAUUUGGUAUAUAUUUGGUGUUUUUAGUAAGUUUUAGGAGUGUUUGGGUGCAUUAUGAGGUAUUACAAGAUGUUUUGGGUGUGUUUUGGAUGUUGUAAGUGGUUUGGGGUGUGUUGGGUGUGUGUACUGGGUAUUUCUAGUGAGUUUUGGGUGUGUUUUGCGGCAUUUUGAGGUGUUGCAUGAUGUAUUGGGUGUUGUAAGUUGUUUGGGUGUGUGUUGGGGACGAUUUUGGAGUAUAUUGGUUGUGUUUAGUGAGUUUUGAGUGUUUGGGAGCAUUUUGAGGUGUUGCAUGAUGUUUUGAGUGUGUUUUGGGUGUUUUAAGUGGUUUGGGGUGUGUUGGGGAUGAUUUUGGGUGUUUUUAGGUAGUUUUGUGUGUUUUUGGGCCUUUUUGGGUGUUUAUUAGCGAUGUUAGUGAGAGCGCCGCUUUUCAUCCAUCCAAAAGUCUACAUGUUUUAUUACACUACAUUACUUAAAAUUACAAAAAGUAAUAAAAAUAACGAUAACCUCCCCAGAGCAAGACGGGCCAAGAGGUCAGCACGUGUUGUGGAGAGCCAGAGUGAAAGGUCCGCAGAAAACGACACGCCGAUUUAUUUGAAGUCAAGGACGGAGAUUAAACCGGCCUUGAAAAACACCAUACCCGUUUUGUCCACCGCCAUCACCACCUUCUCCCAGAUCAAGGACAAAGUGUAUUACAGACUCACACAUAAGGAAGAGGUGCAUGCCAUGAGGGAGGCGGUGGAGGUGUGGGGUGUCCAGCACGCCAUCACAGACAACCUGCAGUUCAUGCUUGGGAUGGGACACACUGGGACAGCCUCGGACCGUUGGUGGGAGCAAGACAAGGCUGUGGCAAUUUUGCCACUCAGACCUGUUGCCAUGUUACUAUUAUUGCACAUCCUAAGAAGUGUGUGUAUGUGUGCAUAUGUGUGUUGUACCUAG